GCCGCACGUCACGAAUCUGCAGUGAUGCUGCUGAACGAGCCGCGAGCAUAAAGGGACAUUUACAAAAACACACUGCUGUUUGUGCGUAUGUCAGAGUAUAGGAUACCUACCCUCGUCCUCAUGGAUGAACAGUCCGCGUAUUCAUACCAUUUGACGUCUUUAACAUGAUUUAAAAAAGCAUUUUGUGAGAUUUAACAACCACACCCGGCGCUGUGAGAAUCGGGAUUGAGUGGGCACCCUAAGGCUCCAAUGCCUGAUCCAGGCUCCUGUCGUUGGCGUUAGAGGACGAGCUCGAAGCAGACCACAGACAGGAUGAGUGCAGGGCUGGAGCAGACAGACAUCCUGUCCACAGGCAUCCUGGUCAAGGAACGAUGGAAAGUAAUGAAAAAAAUUGGUGGUGGCGGCUUUGGCGAGAUCUACGAGGCACUGGACCUGAUAAACCGGACCAGCGUGGCACUGAAAGCAGAGUCAGCCCAACAACCCAAGCAGGUUCUGAAGAUGGAAGUGGCAGUGCUGAAGAAACUUCAAGGAAAAGAACACGUUUGCCGAUUUGUCGGAUGUGGCCGCAAUGAUCGCUUCAACUAUGUUGUCAUGGAGCUUCAGGGCCGUAAUUUAGCGGAACUGAGGAGGAGUAUGAACCGAGGUACUUUCACAGUCAGCACUACACUCAGACUGGGCCUGCAGAUACUGGAGGCCAUCGAGAGCAUCCACUCUGUGGGCUUUUUACACCGUGACAUCAAACCGUCCAAUUUUGCAAUGGGCCGAUUCCCCAGCACAUGUCGGACCUGCUACAUGUUAGAUUUUGGUUUGGCACGCCAAUUUACUAAUUCAUGCCAAGAAGUCAGACCGCCCCGUCCUGUUGCAGGGUUUAGGGGUACAGUACGAUAUGCCUCAGUCAAUGCUCAUAAAAACAAGGAGAUGGGAAGACAUGAUGACUUAUGGUCUUUGUUCUACAUGCUGGUGGAGUUCAUGGUCGGGCAACUACCCUGGAGAAAGAUAAAAGACAAGGAGCAAGUAGGGAAGUUAAAAGAGACGUACGAUCAUCGUCUCAUGUUGAAGCAUCUGCCUCCAGAUUUCAAUGUCUUUCUGGACCACAUCAGCAAUCUGGACUACUUUACCAAACCAGACUAUCAGCUAUUGAGGACCGUUUUUGAGAAUAGCAUGAGGACCUAUAAUGUAGUAGAGAAUGACCCAUAUGACUGGGAAAGGAUGAGCUCAGAUAGUCCGCUGAUGAUCACUACUACGACAAACACCCCACAGCACCACACACGCUUCACACCAGCUCAUAUGGGUAUUGCAAAUGCCUCCUUGGUUCCUGGAGAUCUUCUGAAGGAGAACACAGAUGAAGUUCUGCAGGAUGAGCAGCUUAGUGAUGGGGACAAUGCCCAGCCGGAGGACCUUCCUGGAUCUCCCAACCUUCCUCACAGGAACCAGGAGACUGAUGUCUGGGAGGACCUUGACCGUAACCGCAAUCGAAUCUGUCCUGCUGUCUGGAAGAUUGGAACAGAGGAGGAGCAUAGUAACCAAGGCAAUCAGAGCCCUCAUGCUGGGCCAAGCAUGGGUUCUCCAGUGCGAGUCCGUUCAGAGGUGCUGCCCUCAGAUAGAGAAACUCCUCUUUUGAGGAAACUGCGCAACAUCCACAGCUUUGAGCUAGAGAAGAGACUAACUUUGGAGCCUAAACCUAACACGGAGCGCUUCGUGGAGGCCUGUUCUGGUAUGCAGCCAUCUGGUCCAAUGAAGGAAGGGGAUGGCGAUGGUUUCCCUGGCCUAGCCAUGUCCAAGGCAAGUCAUACUGAGCGUGUUUGGCACUAUGAUGAGGAGUUCCGUUCUGGUGGUGGCUCACCCAAGCCUGCCUCCCCAGGCUACCUUGAGCAGGUCGAUGAUGCUGCUAACAGCGGCUUUGUUGCUCUAAACCUGAGCUCAGGGCUGCAAGAUGUUGAAUUGCGUGAUUGGGUGAUGGUAGAGAAGGGUUCUGACCUACAGGACUUCAGAGAGAUGGCAGGGAGUAUCCCUGGUUGUGAGGCCAAACUCACUAGUAGCCCAUCAGAUGAGUGUGAAGAGGAGCCAGAGAUUUUGCAGCCAAUGGAUGAAUCACCGGAUAAAGAAUUCACUCCUAAUCCAGUACAAGGAGACACUCCCACAGCUCUGCAUAUCAUGCAGGGCCCCAAAAGAAUGGACCGGUUGGAGCUGAUUGUGCUCCCUACUGCUGGUGGACCACCUGUUACCCCCACCAGUCCUGGUGAGGCACUGGCUGAAGGAGCACUCACACAGCUGCCCACCUCUCCUGCCUCCCAACCUGAAGAACUUGUAGCAAGGACGUGCAGCCCCCUGCACCUGCGCUCCCCCAGCCCACACACCCUCCUGGCCACCCUGUCGGACCCCCUGCACCAGCGCACCCCACCUGGGAUGCGCCGCAGCCAGUCUGCAGACCAACCACACCACCCUUCCUCUUCCACCUCCUCGUGCCACGCAUCACUUCCACUACCUUCCCAGCCCGUUGCUACCCAUUCGCCUGGGCGCCGGAAACUUCCUGCCAUUCCAGCAGCAGCCGCAAAUGCAAAGUUUCCUUCAGUCAUACGAAUCACUCGCGCUCAGCUUCAGCAGCUAACAGCUCAGCGGCCCUCUGUGCUGUCCUCCCAGUCUGCCUCUGACAGCAUUCCACUCGAGAGACGUGAUACUGAUAAUUGUAACAAUGAAAUGCAUCCACAAGACAGCACAGCUGACAUCAACUCUCCACAGGAGCAGGUCCCCUUUCAGCCCACCAGCCCCUCUAAUGUUGAGGUGUAUCCUUCGCUAAAUGGGAACGACCCUCAGAAACCCUCCAGCCCACUGCCAAGCCUAGUGCCAUCCCCACGUACACCACCUUCUCCGUGUAGCCCAGUUCUGAUGAACAGACAUCUUACACCUCCAGAUGUUCAGAGAGAUGCCAGCGAAAUGCUUCCAGAACUUAAAGACCCCAAGAUUGGUUCUGUCUUCCCUGACCACUAUAUCGAGCCCAACCUGGAGGAGGAGGGCAAGGAAAACACUCCUGCCAGAAUCGGCAGUACUACCCUUUCUUCUCCAGUGUCUGCUCCCAAACAAGACCCUAGUCGACGACACAGCAGGAUCCCAGUGCUAGAACCUUCUAGCCUUUUGGAUCCAUCACCGGGAUCUGCUAAAGAGAAGUUGCUGCAGAAGAGGGUUAACCACAUUCCACUUUCACCCUCCACAUCCCCUUUAUUGUCCUCAGAGAGGCAUGUAAUCUUGGCUUCCAUGCAGCGGGACCAGCUUUCUUCUGCCUCUUCUGAACGCUCUCAGGACGACGAGUCGCUUUUAGCUUCUCGCUCCGAUCAUCAGGGUGAUGAUGCUCCCUCAUUGUCCUCCUCCUCCAGUCCACUUUUACGGAAGAGCAAGAUCCCCCGCCCUGUUAUUUCGACAGCUGGCACAGAAACCGUCACGGCACACUUUGUGCCUCGCCCACCUCCAGGAAAACCUCCUAAUCGCUCUGCUGUGGAUGGAAGGCUUCGGCGGUACAGGAUUCGUGCUGGCAGCACCAGUGACUCUGACUUGCUGACCUGUCUGGCCCAGCUAAUGCACGCCAGUUCACCCCACGGCUCUCCACAUCACAGCCGCUCUUCACCCCAGCACAUUGGCGCAAGGCAUGUGUUCGUCAGUCCCAGUAACGCUGCUCACCACCUCCACCAGCGCAGCUCUAGCGCCUCCCCCCGCAGCACCUCUUCACUGCAGCGCUCCGUCAGCUCCUCCCCGUCUCGCCAUGAGCACCGUGGGGGCUGUCUGGGCCGUAAUCGCUCUCCUCCCAGUUUCUCUGGCUCACCUCCUUUGCGCCGCAUUCAUCCUCACAUGCAGGAAGGUUACUGUGGGCGACAGGCCCGCUCCGCUACUGUGCACACCCUAAGGGGCAAAGUCAGCAACCGUGAGGUCAGGUGCUCCAGCAAGCUGAGCAGAUAGUUAACCACAGGUUUCAAUGGUUGAGGAAGUGAACGGGUUGAAGGGAGAUCUUUGAGUGCUCAUCUUUGUGUAGCUUUACGAUAAUGUCUACUAAUUCUCUUGGUAAUGUCCUUUUAAUUUCUAGAAGCUCCCUUGCCUUCUGUUUCUCAAUGGCCUAAUUUUUUAUAUGCUGGCUUAAAUAACACUAAAGUUGUAACUAGUAACAAACCAUGGGAGGUUAUUUGCAGUGCUGAUUGGCCAGUUCAUUAGAAUAUAUCUAUAUACAGUACUGUGCAAAAGUUUUAGGCACUUGUUACAUAGUGAGGAUGUCUUCAAAAAUAAUGACAUAAAUAGUUUAGUCCAUAAAUAGACAAAGUCCAGUAAACAUAAAAAAAGCUAAAUCAAUAUUCGGUGUGACCAUCCUUUGCCUUUAAAACGGCACCAAUUCAACAGGACACAGUUUUUCUUGGUUGUUGGCAGAUAGAAUGUUCCAAGCUUCUUGGAGAAUUCGCCACAGUUCUUAUAUCUAUUUAGGCUGUCUCAAUUACUUCUGUCUCUUUAUGUAAUCUCAGACUGACACGAUGUUCAGUGGGGGG